AUGUACCUUGAGUUGCCAACUCCGAGCAGCGAUACCUGGGCGGGUAUGAUGCUGGACUGCGGUGAAGGCACUCUGGGGCAGAUGUACCGCUACGCAGGUGGCGAUGCAAAACGGUUGCAAGAGCUGGUAGAUCGCCUGAAGUGCGUCUGGAUCUCGCACAACCACGCCGACCACCACUUGGGUCUGCUUCGGCUGCUGAGCCAUCGUGCUAAUGAUGCUGACACCGAGCCGCUGCUUGUGAUCGGUCCUACAGCUCUGCGGUUUUGGCUGGACGAGUACGCAGCCCAGGACCCCACGGUGCGCGGCAAGUACUCUUUUGUAGAGAACUACUGCUUCGACGAGAACGACUCGCGCUCUGGGGAGGUCGAGACGCAUGCGGAGGCUGCUCGUGUUCGUGCGUGGCUGCGGGAAUCGCUGAAUAUCUCGGAGAUCGAGUGCGUCCCAGUGAAGCAUGCGCACCAGUCGUACGCUGCUGUCGUGACUUUCGUGGACGGUGCCAAGCUGGCGUUCUCUGGUGAUUGCCGACCGAGCGAUAAACUCGCGGAGAAGGCGAAGGGGGCGUUCCUGAUUGUACAUGAAGCCACCUUUGAGGACGAUCUGACCAAGGAAGCCAAGGACAAGGCACACUGCACCAUGGCCGAGGCAAUUGAGGUCGGCCGCCAAGCCAAGGCCCGCCAUCUACUGCUGACGCACUUCAGCCAGCGAUACCCGAAGAUGGCGGUCCUGUCGAGCUCCACCGAAGAUGCCGUAGCUCCUGACGAGACCCCGAUGGAGAUUCUGACCGCCAUCGACAUGCUGUCGCUGCGCUUCCGCGAGCUUCGGCAGCCGAACCUCAUGGAGGUGUGCACGCAGCUCAUGACGCAGGAUGACGAAGAGGAGGGCGACGUCGAGGCGGCAGCUAGCCACAAAGCUCAGCAGGAGCGCGAGGAGCGAAAGAAGCAGAAGAGCAUUGAGCGCGGUGCGCAGCAAUAA